AUGGCAGACCAAAACACUGUUGUGGCCGACGCAAUCGCUGCGAUCGAGAACCGCGAGUUGACCAGCGACCCGGUCACAAUCAUCAAGCCAGUGGCUCCCGGUGUUGCCGUGGCAGAAAAGGCCGCAGAUGAGAAGAUCGAAACAGCAGUGACCGAAGCUGUACCCCAAGAGGCCCCCGAAACGGAGGAGAAGGCACCUACAACGGAAGAGAAUCCUUCUGCCGAGAGCGAGGCUACAGUAGACCACGUCGAAGCGCCACACUCAUGCAUCUCAUCAGUCACGCCUGUCGAACCUGCAGCUGAGGAAGAAACCACAAAGACUGCCAGUGAGGCUGGAGGCAACAGCAGCGCAGCAAGUGAAAACGAUGGUACAGUCGAUGGCAGUGCACCAAGCGACACCGGCUUAACGGCCGACAGCAGUAUCGUCAGCGACAAUGGUGCCGCCAACGGCCCCAGCAACGAGAAGCCCCUUCUCGCGUUCACAGCACCUCCAGUCAUGGGCCACACGAGCCCACUCCUCCGAUUAGCCACAGAGAUGACGAAGCAAGGAUAUGAAGUCAUCUUCAUGUCCACAGUCCAGUUCAAGGAGGCCAUUAUCAAGGCCGGCGCCGAGUUCUAUGAGUCGAAGACACCCUUCUGUGACUUCAACUACCUGAAGUCGAGACACACACUCCCACCUGGACUCCCCACUCUGUGUGCCGACAUGGAGAAUAUGUUCAUCAAGCCGAUGCUGCCAAGAAGUGCGGAAUUCGGCUCACUGCUUGAACUUGUCCGACAGCGCGACCCUACCCGGGAUGUUGUUGUCGUGACUGAAACCAUGUCGUUGGCCCCGAUGCCGUUCAUCUAUGGAGCCCCAUUGCCAAAGGGCUACGACACAUUUCCCAAGACCAUCAACAUCAGUACCGUGCCGAUUAUGCUGCUCAGUAUUGACACUGGUUUCACUGGACCGUGUCUGCCACCAGACUCCUCCGAGUCGGGUCGCGCCAGAAACAAGAUCAUGAAUGAGAUGCUCGUCAGAGGGCCCAUGGGCGGCACGGACAAAGUGUUCCAUGAGUCGUUGAAGAGCGUUGGUGCGACAUCUGUGCCAAAGGUUUUCUUCCAGAAUGCAUGGCUGGAGUCGUAUGACACGACGCUCCAGUUGUGUGUCCCGGGCCUCGAAUACCCACGAUCAGAUCUUCAUUUGUCCAUCCGUUACUCUGGUGCACUCCCCAAGAGGCCUCUACCUUCCAACUUCCAGUACCCUUCUUGGUGGUCGGAGAUCAAGGCCAAUGCUGAGCUUCCCGCGGAACAGCGCAAGAAGGUGGUCGCAGUCGCACAGGGUACCGUUGCCCUCGACUAUGCCGAUCUUAUUCUUCCUACAAUCCAAGGCCUUGCACACCGGUCAGACGUGAUCACGGUGGCCAUCCUGGGAGUCAAGGGUGCUACUCUGGAAUCUUCUGAAGACUUCGAGAUCCCCGAGAACGUGCGCGUCAUUGACUAUUUUUCGUACGAUGCGAUACUGGAGUAUGCUGAUGUCUUCCUGACCAAUGGUGGUUAUGGAGGUCUGAGCCACGGCGUGCUCAACGGUGUGCCCAUGAUUUUGGCCGGUACUACUGAAGACAAGGCCGAGGUGUGCGCCAGGGGUGAAUACGCUGGUUUUGCCAUCAAUCUCAAGGUGCAGAGGCCGACGAGCACUCAGGUUGGCGAUGCGUGCGACAAGAUCUUCACGACCCCAAGCUACAAGCACAGAGCGUUGAGAUUGCAACAGGAGAAUGAGGAUCUGGAUGCGCUUGCCAUCUUUGAAAGACAAGUGAGCAAGUACGCCAAGACUCAACUGUAA